AUGAAGAUUCUGCUGGCCAUCAGCUUCCUCGGGCACCUGUCCCACCUCACUCAAGCGCACUACCACUUCCCACAUUUUGUAAUCAACGGUCAAGUCACUGGCCCACACCAGUAUGUUCGCGAGCACGACAACGGUUUCCAGCCUUCAUGGGAUGAAGGCAGAUUCAUUAACAGCGAACAUCUCCGCUGCAACAAGGGUUCCAUGAAUCACCGCACUCAGCCAAAGACCUACAAGGUCAAGGCAGGCCAAGAUGUCAUUGGUUUCCAAGCAUCUAUUAACACAGAAUUAUUCCAUCCAGGCCCCGUACAGAUUUAUCUCUCGAAAGCACCCGGCGAUGUUCGUGACUACGAUGGCUCUGGUGACUGGUUCAAAGUCUACCAGCUUGGACAUCAGCCUGGCUCUACGGCUGAUUCGGCAUGGCUGUCGUGGCAUAAGAAGCAGUUCACCUUCAAGCUCCCCGCCGAGAUCCCAGCGGGCCAGUACUUGAUGCGAAUCGAGCAGAUUACCACUCAUCCUCCCUACACGAACCGAGAGUUUUACAUUCAAUGUGCGCACAUCGAAGUUGCCAGCAGCUAUAACGGUUCCCCCUCGCCUACGUUCAAGAUUCCGGGAGUAUACAACCGUGAGCAGCCAUUCUUCAAGUAUGACAGCUGGGCAAAGCCACAGCCGACUGUUUGCCCGCUCCCUGGACCCGCUAUGUGGCCAAACAAUAACAAUUUGAAUAAGAUUCUCUAA